AUGACCAACUCCUGCUGCCCCUCUUGCUGCCAGCCUACCUGCUGCAGGACCACCUGCUGUACGCCAACGUGUGUUACCAACUGCUGCAGCACACCCUGCUGCCAGCCCAGCUGUUGUGAAACCACCUGCUGCAGGACAACCUUCUGUAAACCAACCUGUGAGACCAGCUACUGCUGCCAGCCCUGCUGCCAACCCAUCUGCGGCAAAUCCAUCUGCUGCAUGACCAGCUGCUGUAAGCCCACCUGUGUGAUCCCCUGCUGCCAACCCAACUGCCAGCCCAGCUGCUGCAAAACCAUCUGCUGCAGAAACACCUGCUGUAAGCCAACCUGUGUGGCCAGCUGCUGCUGUACACCCAGCUGCCAGCCCAGCUGCUGUGAAACUGCCUGCUGUAAGACCAUCUGCUAUAAACCAACCUGUGUGACCAGCUGCUGCCAGCCAUGCUGCCAACCAAGUUGCUGUGAGUCCAGCUGCUGCCAGCCUAGCUGCCAACCCAGCUGUUGUGAAUCCAGCUGCUGCCAGCCCUGCUGCUGUGAGUCCAGCUGCUGCCAGCCUAGCUGCUGCCCAACCUGCUAUGAAACCACCUGCUACUAGACCACCUCCUUUAAACCUACUUAG